UUUCGAAAAGAUCCUGGAGAAACAUGGAACUGUUUUAGUUACAGAUCUGAUGGCUAAGGUCGUAAGAGUAUUGGAAAUUUUUGAAGCUUGCAUAAUAAGUAACAAUGAACUUUGUUCUCAGAAUUCUGAUUUACGCGCAACUGUGGAGUUGCUUCUGACCGAAAAGAAAGAAAAACUAGAAGAUCAGAAAAGGUUUGAGGAGGACUUGGAACAUGUAGAAGAGAGCUGGAGGGCUGAAACAAGGUGUCUAAGUGAACUACUCGCUAGAUUACAAGAAGAAAACACCAGGUUGAAUAUCAUCCUACGAGAAAAAGAAAACGAAGAUUUCGAGAGAUGUGAAGAUUCAACUGAGCGAGAUCUGAUCACACUGGAAACUCUUCAAGAACUUGUAGAAAAACAAACAAGUCAGCUGAAGAAGAAAGACAGUGAAAUUCUACAGAAAAACAAGGAGAUCAAAGAUGUCAGAAACUGGAACUCCUUUGUCUCUUGAAAUCCAAGAAGAACCGGAAAAUAAUUAUAAAGCUGGAGAAACUCCGCUAUUUGAG